GGAGGACGGACCUAAGGAGCGACAAGAAAUUCAUAUCAAUUAAUAAUCAUAAAAAAAGAGCUGGCAGACGCUCUCGGAAAACUGGCAUGGGUUUUUGGAGGCUGGCAGUUCAAAGCUGAAACGUCAGAUAUGACUCCUAGAGACUGCUGAGAUGAUCAUUAAGGGAGACUUAGAUCGGAUGGCAGAAGACAUCGGGCAUGCAGAUAUCUGUUGUUGCAGGUGGCGGACUGAAGACGAUGCUGGAUGCCAUGGAUGUUCCAAGUCAUGCUAGGGAUCUCCUCCUGCAGCUCAACAGCCAACGAACCAAAGGCUUCCUGUGCGAUGUUAUCAUUGUGGUGCAGAACGCGCUCUUCAGAGCUCACAAGAACAUUCUGGCUGCCAGCAGCCUCUACUUGAAAUCUUUGGUGGUCCAUGACAAUCUCAUCAACCUCGACCAUGAGAUGGUGAGUCCAGGGGUCUUCCGGGUCAUUCUGGACUACAUCUACACAGGCCGCCUUAGUGAGGGAGAUCCCACCUCUCCUACUGAACCCAAUCUAGGUGCUGUUUUGGCAGCAGCCAGCUACCUUCAGCUGCUUGACCUGGUGGCUUUGUGCAAAAAGAAGCUGAAAAGAAAUGGCAAGUACCCUCCCCGCCCUGGGCCGGCAUUUCUGCCUUACCCAAAGAUGGUCCCCAACAGUAUGGGUUUAGGGAGUGGUGGCAGGUAUAGGAUUUCCACUCCUGUCAUUCAGUCCUGCCCUCCAGGAGGAAUUUUGAAUAUCCAUGCAAUGCGUGCCUCACCACCAGAAGAGCUAGUUCCCCAUCGGAUAGCCAUUAAUUCUGGGGAGCUGUAUGCUCCAACCUCCCUCCAUGGCUCUCCUGUGUUCCCGUCCGUGCAGUCAGCUCUGCCUGCCCAGCUGGGGCGCUCAGCCCACCCUGAAAGGAACUGCUCCCCAAACCACGGCCUUGAUCUCUCCAAGAAGAGCCCAAGCUCCCAGUGUCAGCACACACCCUCUCAAUCCCAUUUGGCAAAUUCUCAUAAUGAUGAGGAGCGAGACGGGAAUCUGAGCGGUCGCACCAGUCCCAUGCAGGGGAUAAAUGGAAGGGCUUUCCCCGAAAAAAUGGAGUCAACUGACCAGACAAGCUCUCUUACUCCUCCACCAUUCCCCCAUAUCAACCAGGCUCUGGGCCCCCACCUUCCCCACCUGCAUCGCUCCCAGGGCAGAGAUCGCUACCCAUGCCCCCCCAGCCCUGAUACCCCCACAGAAGGCGGCGAAGCAGGUGGAAAUAUGGGCAACAUCUAUCGCUGGGUGAAACAUGAGCCACUUUCAUACACAGCAGAAGAUGAAGAUGAGGAUGAGGAUGAAGAGGAAGGGGGCGAAAAUGGAGACCAGCAUCAUAACCAUCACAAGGCCGGGGAGGAGAGUGAAGGAGCCGAUGAUAAGAGCGGGUCAGGCACAGAGGAGACGGGCAGUAGUGAAGGCCGCCCAUCGCCUUCUGGACCAAUGGGCAGGUUCCACAUGCCAUAUGAGCCAGAGAGCUUUGGGGACAAUCUGUAUGUCUGCAUACCCUGUGACAAAGGCUUCCCGAGCUCAGAGCAGCUCAAUGCACAUGUGGAGACACACACAGAAGAAGAGCUGUACUGCAACUCAGGUGGGGAGAUGGGAAACAGCAAUAAUGGCACCACCAAAAACAUGAGCAGUAAUACAAACGGUUAUGGGGGCCUGAACAGCAGCAACAGUCUUUCCCACCUGGAGACCAAGUCCAGCCAGGCGCUGAGUUCAGGGGGGAUCGGGGAAAUGAUCCGACCCUACCGCUGUUCCUCCUGUGAGAAGUCCUACAAAGAUCCAGCCACUUUGCGGCAGCAUGAAAAGACCCACUGGCUGACCCGGCCUUACCCCUGCAGCAUCUGUGGGAAGAAGUUUACGCAGCGCGGCACCAUGACGCGUCACAUGCGUAGCCACCUGGGCCUUAAACCUUUUGCCUGUGACUCCUGUGGCAUGCGCUUCACCCGCCAGUAUCGCCUCACCGAGCACAUGCGCAUCCACUCAGGGGAGAAGCCCUACGAAUGUCAGGUGUGCGGAGGAAAGUUUGCUCAGCAGCGCAACCUCAUCAGCCACAUGAAGAUGCACAGCAGCGGGGGGAAUGCUGGGGGCCUGACCACAGAUGGGAAACUGAAGCUAGACUUUGCUGAGGGCAUCUAUCCACUGAGUAAAUAUGCAGCAGAGCAUCUGGGGCUGAAGACCGAGAAAGCAAAUGAGCUCCUAAUCCAAGCCCAGCAGCAACUGGUAGCUGAUGCAAAGGUCAUGGAAAGCCUCUACCCGCUGUCCAAACUGGCCUCAGAGCACCUCGGUCUCUCCCAUGACAAGAUGGAUGUCAUGGGCCAACCCCUCCUCCCUCCCCUCUCUGAUGCCCGCACCAUUGACCGCUACUCACCUAGCUAAAAGCUGAAUAAACAGCAGUCACCAAUAGGUCUGUGUGCACACACAACUUGCAGUAUUCUAAAGCCAUUCACCUCAACUCCAUAUCUCCUCUGCACCUCAGACUCAGGCCGAGAGGAAUUGGUCUGCUCAUGCACACCAAAAAGUGUAGACUGUAAGUGCCUUUCUAUGCAUCUAAUGUAUCUUAAAGUCCUCCUUCAUAAAGGAGCUAUGUGCUAUUCCGUGACCAAGAGACACUUAUUCAAAGGAGUACAGUAUUUAUGUACAGUGUAUGCAAACAAACAUUUCAAGUCAUCGAGCCAAGUGACAAUUUGAAAACCAAAAUGAAAUUGUUUUAUUUAUUUUUGUAUCAUGAUGAAAUCCAAAGAGAAACUCUUGCAAGGAAGUGUUGCAAUAUGACCCUAAACCUGUGUAGUAUUUAGUAUCACCUGUGUACAAAAAAUGAAAAGCACAUAAGGACAAGAGUCAGAGUUUUGGUCCAGGCCUGAGCAGAACCUUUGCCGAAUUAAUAAGCCAACUCAUGUGGACUUUAAAGUAAUGGGAGCAUAUAUGUUUUUUUUCUCCUUCUUCUGUUUUUGGGGGUACUGGACAAUUUAUGUUUUUCACUCUCCAGCUAAUCCAAAUCAUGUUCCUGCCCCUAAAGUCACGAGGAAAUGACUGAACAAUAAGAGCAGUUGCCUCAGCAUUUUAGUAAAGUCUCAUCUGUUUUAUUUUCUCCACUUUUUUAUAAAGUACACGCUCCCACAUAUCUUUGUGGAUUAACACUCAUACUAUGUGACAGUAAUGGUAGCUUAAUCAGCCUUACACUCAGCGACCUACUGCUAAAACUUCCUUUGUAUUUUGCCUAACAUCCCUUAGCUUUCAGUUGUUGUUGAGAUGCAGUAAGCUCAGCCCUGUGAUCUCAUAACUCGGACAUGAUUGCACAUACCCAACUGUUGACACAUAAGUGCCUGUGAAGAGUGUAGCUGCAUCUCAUGGUGUAGACUAAGCAUGGGUGUUGCCUCUGACAUUUACAAUUAUGGAUGCUGCCGAGCAGAGAAGCAGGGACCAGGUCAAAAUGAACGGCACUGAAAUCUGUCAUUAACUGUCAAAAGCAAUUAUUCCAUUCACAGCAGCCGGAUGACAAACUGCGUAGCGACACAAGUCAGAUGUCGCAUAGCUGCCACUGCCCGCCCUCCUUUCCCUGUAGUCUCCAGCUACUGUUGACAGGCCAAAGUGAGUGCUGUACUCAGCCCUGUGCCUUAAAAGUGUUCUGAUCCGCUCACCACGCCCCCUUUCACACUCACACAGAGAGCUGCUAAUCUGUCUGUGAUACGAACAUAAGAAGGGGUUUGUGGGUCUUCCCUGGAAGCCAGCGGGUGAACAGAACAGCCCAGCUGCUUUCCUUCAGUAAUCCCCUUGAAAUUUCACUUUCUCCUGGACAAUUCCCACUGCUUGCCAGCAUGAUGUCCCAUUUCAUGCCUGCCAUCUUGACCCUUUGAUCCACUUAUCAACAUCAUAGUUGAGCCCAGCUAAUGUCAAGCCUCGCCUCCCUUCCAUGCUGGUUUAAUUGUUUAUGGUUGACCAGCGAUAAAUCCAGCUUGAAAACAAAAAGCACUUAAAUGUUGUGGGUUUGCCGGCACAUAAAAAAAAGAAGAGUUUAAUCCAAAGAAGAUGCUGGCCUUUUCUUUUUCCAUUUUUACUGCUCCUUGAUUUAGAUUAGAAACUUCUGACCACUAUAGUGCCAAUGCCAACCUCAGUGGGUGAAUGUGAAGACUAAAGCCAUAAAAACACUGUGAUUGACGUAGUGAAUCUUAAAGCCUAAAAAAAAAAAAACAGAGACAAUUUGCCUGACCAUUGAAUUUUAUUUUUUCAAUCAUUUGAAGGGCUUCUUCUCUGUAGCAUAUGAUCAUAUCAAAAUGUUGUUUUCUGUCACUUUUCUUUAUUUGAUUUGAGCUGAAAGCAGCGCACGUGAAACUGGUGCUUACCUCAGGACUGAACCCAGCAUGGGGACGCAAAGCUUUAUCUAAACAUGCAAAUUACAAUGUUCACAAACACACACACACACACACACACACACACACACACACACACACACACACACACACACACACACACACACACACACACACACACACACACACACACACACACACACACACACACACACACACACACACACACACACACACCCUUUUUUUCCUUAUUAACAGGGCAGUUGUCCUGUGUUAAACCUGUGGUUAUUUCUGUGUUUAUACAUUUUUUGUUACAGUUUUAUGGUGGAGAGAUAACAUGUGAUAUUAACAAUUUUUUUGUUUUUAUUUUUACUAUGCGGUAUACAUUUUCUAUUGUGUUGUCCUCAAAGAGGCUUGUGCCAAUCUGACCAAUUCCAUUUUAAUAACAUAAGGCAAAGUCAGUUUGGCUGUUUGUUUAACUUUGUGAUUUAUUGAACCACACUGAAGCAAACAAGGUGGUAUUUGUCUUUGUUUUCAACCACACACACACACACACACACACACACACACACACACACACACACACACACACACACACACACACACACACACACACACACACACACACACACACACACACACACAGUUUAUGUAAUGUUUUGAAAACUAUCAAAUAGAGAUUUAUUCUCAGUAAUUCCUCCCAACAAACAAGCAGUUAUUUACAGGGCGAGUAGGAACACCAGCCACAUAUUAUUUGACCCCUUUCCUCCAGAGGUUAGUGAACUGUCAAUGUUGAGUUACACUGAGGUUCUACAUGUACAAAAACAAACAGGAAGCUAGCUUGUAUCCUAUGAUGCUUCACGUUUUGGGACUCUUAUGUUUAGCUCUGUAGCAAAUAACAGAAAGUAGAGCUUAAAUGCAACAUAAUUGAAAUGAGAACUUGCUUCAACGUGUGCAACAUUUAGAAGGAGGCGGAUGUCUGUCGUGGGAAUUUUAGUCCCUUCAAUCUUUCUCAUUCACUAGCUUAAAUAAAAAUCUGUCUCCUCCUUCUCCCUGCCGUACACCAUUAAAAUAACACAAUGUGUUUCCACUGUCACUCCAAAUCUGUGCAGGAGGGAAGAGCAAGAUAAUGACUGAACAUUUCUGUAGGACGUGCAAGGUCUGAAAUUUGCUUAAUUGCAUUUACGUGUACAACAGACAGAGGUGGAGGCUAUGUUUCUAUAUAAGGGGAAGCAGUUGCUUGUCUGUUUGUAUGUACCUAUGCCAUUGGUGCUUAUGAAGGUCUGUUAAUGCAUGUCCUGGGAAUAGGGUGGUUGUGAAGGAGAAAAGCUGAGGAGCAGGAAGUGAACUUUUGGCUGGCGGGUUGUGUUGAGGAGGAUGUGCCGUGUGUUUCUGCUCAGAUAGAGAGACGGAGAAUGGGGCGGGAGAGGAGCAGGGAGAGCGCAGCAGGGUGGAGGCGAGCCAUUGUCUCAGUAUGAAAGCCUGUUCGUACUUCUAAAACUCUCCAUUCAGAAAACAAGAAGACUGUAUCUUCUCUUUUCCUUCCCCUUUUUGCUCUUUGGGAAUAGACCUCUGCUCAGUGUCACGGUGAUACAACAUUGUGUUCUUUUAAGGGCUGCGCAGCAAGGAAGCCAUUCAGACAUUUUGUUACAAUUUGAGGAUGCCGUGGAUAAAGUAGUUUGGUAUCAUUUUAUGCACAUAAAUUGCUUACAAUAUUUUUUCCAUAUUAUGUAGAUAGCUUUUUAAAUUGGGGCUCGAAUAAUCAAGGCAAAAUGCAGGGCAACAAAUGUCUGUUGUAAAUCAGAAUUAAAAAAAACUGGAAGUAAUUUUAUUGCUCUGUGGUUGAUUCAAUUAGUACAAUUACAAAGGUCUUGUUUCAAUUUACUCAUGUACCCACCACCCCUUGGGUUUUAAUGCCAUACGCCUUUGUUAAUGUUAUUUAGAUGACACACCAAAACCACUAUUUGCCACUAAAAUGAGAUGAAGAUGUUUUUAAAGUAAUGAAAUUAUGCAUUUAAAACAAUUUAUUUGUUACAUCAAUUGACAUAAUAAAAAUAAAUGAAUGCAAAUACAAAUGCGUGUAGAAAGACAAACCACUAACUAUGACAUGUGGGUUGAUCAUUUAAUUUUAAUAUUAAGGCAACCAUCCCAGCCCCUUAAAUAGUAUGUUACUAACAAUAAAACAAUAAAACAUUACUGCAAUAUUUGUGGAACUGUAAAGACUAAAAAAAGUUCAAGUUUUAACGCUAAAUGCAAAGUGUGCCUUUAAGCUUUCUAGCAGCAACAGCGGGCCGAGGUCACCUAUGUGAGUUAGACCUGAUCUGCAAUCAUACCGCCAUUUGACAUUUACUGUAUUUCAUAAUAUGUGCCAAAAGGGCUGACGCACUUAGCAGACCGCGCAGAUGCUCAAAACAAAACUCAGCAUCGAUCUUUUUAGUUUCCACGGGUUGCACUGUAGAGCUAAGCUUCUGACCAACUUUAACUUUUUAUGAAAGCCAUUAUAUAUGUGGCUAAUCUUCAGAGCACAGUUCACACAUGCCACUAUUGUCCAGUGUACAUAUUUCUUUUUACGAGGACUCAUGUUUAAAUGUAAGCUAGAGCCAAAUAAUAUCAAUAAUCAAGCCGUAUAUUGAUGUUGAAACUGAAAACACGUGCCUUCACAAUAACAAACACUGAUUAUUCGGCAUUAACUUGUAUUGACGCCUUUGUGUGUAAGUGUGUAGGUGUGUGUGUCCACGUAGAUCACCUGUCCAUCUACAUGUCUGAACGCCUUUUCUACAGUAGAGCAGGGUAGUGCAAGACAGAGCUUUGACACGUUCAAGAGUCUUUGUUACAAGCAGCUGCUUUCGAUUUAUUUUCCCAAACUGCUCUUUUCUGGAAAAAUCAUUGUAUUGUGAUUUUUUAUUACUCUUGUGAUCCCCUAGAAGUCUCACAAUUGCCUUUCUUUUGGCACUUUGCUUUCCUCCUCUUCCUCCCUCCAGUGCAGAGCUUGGCCACACUUGUUCACUACCCUUGUUACCUCGAAGCACUGCCUCCCUCCUCACCUCUCCCUGUCCCUUUUCUCUUCUUACACUCAACACAAACCGCUGACCCUCAGCGCCCGCUGCCUCCCUCCUCUUCCAUGAUCCACUUACUUCCAGCUGUUUUUCAUGCUGAAGAAGACAGUUGUCUAAAUGUUUACAUGAAGAGCUACUCUCUUUUUCUUUAGGCCCUAAUCAAUUUCCAAAAUGAACUUUGUGGCAUGUGUUAAAAUACAGCAGAUGAUGGGCCAAAUAAAAAGAGCCUGACAUCGUUAUUGUAUUCUGAACCUUUAGCCAAGAAACGGCUUACAAAGAGAGAUUAAAGACAGCAUAUCGUUGUAGAGGAAAUGCGGAAUAAUGUGAGGGGAAAUGUUCAGGGAAAAUAUGCUCAGAAAGAUGCCAGUAAAGUAAACAUGUAUGAAAUUGCACAAUUGAGCCGGGCCUUGGCUACACCAGCCAAGUCAUGCACUGAGAUGGAGAGAACAAGUAAGGGAGAGACGUUGAGAAGAAAAGAAAGAGACAGAGAGAAAAUAGCUUGUGCUUGAUAGUCAUAAUAACCUUGAGUAAAUAACAGAGAAAAGUUGGUUGCUAUUUUUCCGUUUUUUUCCCUCAAUUUGUUCUGUUUUUCCUCUAUUUCAUUUCCCUCUUUAAGGAAAUUGUCUUGUGAGGAAAUUACAUUUUUUUCUCCUUUUCAUUGUUGAUUGCUGCAGGCCAUUGUUAAGGUUUUUAAAUGUUAAUGUGCAUGUCAGCUUACCCUCAGAGAUGUCAUCCUUUUUCCAGACCUAACAAUUAUCACCCAGUCAGCACACGACCCACAGUAGGCUCUUUGUAGUCCAAUAGGGAAGGGGCUUCUGGCUGCCUGUGUCGUCUUCCAUCUGUUGGACUUGGACCUCCAUGUCUGUGUCUACCUUGAACACAUGCAAAGACAGACUCAGUGGACUUUGGCUUGAAUACUUUCUUUUACAACUUCUUCUCCAGUAGUUUAAAUUUAAAGACAAACAAAGAGAAAGGACAAAACAAGCAGGAAUUUAGAAAAGUUGGUCAAGGGGAAGAUUUGAUUGUAUAUCUGGCUUGCGCACACACAUACACACACUCACACAGCUGCAUGGCAGGCUGCUGGUCUACAUUAGGUCAGAUUUAAUUAGGUUUCCCUGCUCCUUUUAGAGUGUCGCUUCUAGUAUAAAAAGUCAUUAUUAAACAAAAGGUGAUUCCCCUGACGGCUUUCACCCAACACACACUAUAGUCUGUGCCAAAAUGUUACAGUGCCUCAGGGUCCUCACACACACAUGUACUCAAGGAUACAUACGCUUUUAUUUUGGUUUUGGAAAAAGGUUACGUGUUGAAAUGAUGGAUUAUGACCUAAUGAAGAUCACUGUUGUGUUUCGGGGUUGUUUUCCUCGACUGGUUGUGGUUCAGGGAUAAGAAAGUUCAGCAGUAACACAGACUGCCACGCAGACAGGAGUAUCUGCAGAUAGAAAAUACACACAUCACACUUUUACAAUGAAAAUGAGAUUUUUCAGUGGAACACAGAAUCGUAUUUCAGCAGACAUAAAGCACACAUCCAUAAAGCAUCAAUAAUGUUAAAUGUUUCAUUUUGUGGUGUGGUUAUAUAAACCAUAAUUUUUUUUAAAAGCAAUACAUUAAACCAAACAGUAUUUUUGCAUCUUCUACAUUUCCUUGUCCAUAUUGAUCUUACUUUGCUUUAGUGAAAUGAAUGUAUUUAUUGCAUGUCAAAAUGUUUUAUAGUUAAUUUUUGUGUAAAUGUCAAUUGUGGGUUUUUAUAAUAAUUUCAUUUAAUUAUGGUGUCUUGAUAAAAUCAUGUUGAUAAGGCUUUUAUUUUUUUAAAAGCCAAUGUGAAAAAUGUCAUGUUUGUUUUGUUUGUUACUAUACUCAAAAUCAACUUGGCAAUAAAGUAAAUUGCAUAACGGAUUACACAAGGAAA